GCCUUACAAUAUAAUCUGCGCGUAAGGAAAAGAAAAAAAAUAAAUUAUAACAAUUGACUUACAGAAUUGAAUUAUUAGAUAUAUAGUAAAAAUACAUGUUCUAUAAGCAUUGUGCGACUAUAAAUUUUACGUUUUUUGCGAGGGAUAAACAGCUUAUUCAUAUGUGAAUGUAAAAGUAACAAUGAAGUAUACUUGUGACUGUAAAUGAAGUAGUAAAGACAUUUAGAAGUUUAUUUAGUGUGAUAGAUAUCAAGUUCGUCGCCGCAAUGAUGAAGAGUACGUUGCCAAAAGACAAACCAGGCAAAAUGAGGAUCAGAGCCUUUCCCAUGACUAUGGAUGAGAAAUAUGUGGAGAGUAUAUGGAGUUUACUUAAGAAUGCAAUACAAGAAAUUCAAAAGAAAAACAAUUCUGGUCUUUCAUUCGAAGAACUCUAUCGAAAUGCAUACACUAUGGUCCUACAUAAGCAUGGAGAAAGACUCUACACAGGCUUGAAGGAAGUUGUCACACAUCAUCUAGAAACAAAGGUCCGUGAAGAUGUACUUCAUUCUUUACACAAUGGAUUCCUGCAAACAUUAAACAAUGCUUGGACUGACCACCAAACUAGUAUGGUCAUGAUCCGUGACAUACUCAUGUAUAUGGACAGAGUAUAUGUACAACAAAAUGAUGUUGAUAAUGUGUACAACUUGGGCCUCAUUAUAUUCAGAGAUCAGGUGGUUCGCUAUGGCUGCAUCCGAGACCACCUGCGGCAGACGCUCCUGGAGCUGGUGGCGCGAGAACGGCGCGGCGAGGUGGUGGACCGGCUGGCCAUACGCAACGCUUGCCAGAUGCUUAUGGUGCUCGGCAUCAACUCACGCGCCGUCUAUGAGGAGGACUUCGAGAAGCCUUUCCUACAUCAGUCUGCUGAAUUUUAUAGGAUGGAAUCUCAAAAGUUCCUCGCAGAGAACAGUGCAGCGGUGUACAUUGCCCGCGUGGAAGCGCGCAUCAGUGAGGAGGCGGAGCGCGCGCGGCACUACCUCGACGAGAGCACCGAACCGCGCGUUGUGGCCGUGCUGGAGCACGAGCUCAUCGAGCGGCACAUGAAGACCAUCGUGGAGAUGGAGAACUCCGGCGUGGUGCACAUGCUGAUGCACACGCGCACGGUGGAGCUGGCGUGCGUGUACAAGCUGCUGUCGCGCGUGGGCGAGGGGCUGCGCACGGUGGCCGACGCCGUCUCGGCGCACCUGCGCCAGCAGGGCCGCGCACUCGUCACCGACACGCACCACAAUACCAAUGCCAUCGCAUACGUACAGAACCUGCUGGAUCUAAAAGAUAGAUUUGAUCACUUCCUUCACAACUCCUUCAAUAAUGAUAAAAUAUUCAAGCAUAUGAUUGCUUCCGAUUUCGAAUUCUUCCUUAAUUUAAAUAAUAAGUCUCCCGAAUUUCUCUCACUAUUUAUCGAUGGAAAGCUGAAGAAAGGUGAAAAGGGCAUGAGUGAGCAAGAAAUCGAAGCAGUCCUGGACAAAACCAUGGUGCUGUUCCGCUUCCUGCAGGAGAAGGAUGUAUUUGAGCGCUACUACAAGCAGCAUCUCGCCAAACGACUCUUGCUCAACAAAUCGGUUUCAGACGACAGCGAGAAAAACAUGAUCUCUAAACUUAAGACUGAAUGCGGUUGUCAAUUUACGUCAAAGCUUGAGGGUAUGUUCAAAGACAUGACAGUAUCCAACACUAUCAUGGAGGAAUUCAAAGAGCAUGUGCUGUCAUCUGGGACCAACUUGCAUGGGGUAGAUCUGUCAGUACGCGUUCUCACAACUGGAUUUUGGCCAACACAGAGUGCUACUCCCAAGUGUAACAUCCCGAAAGCACCAAGGAGUGCAUUUGAAGUGUUUAGAUCGUUCUACCUAGCGAAGCAUUCGGGGCGCCAACUGUCGCUGCAGCCUCAGCUGGGCAGCGCGGACCUGCACGCCACGUUCCGCGCCCACGCCGCUCCCGCCAGCCCGCCGCGCUCGCCCUCCGCCGCCGGCACCGCGCCCGCGCCCGCCUCCGCACCCGCUCCGCGCCGACACAUCAUACAGGUCUCCACCUUCCAGAUGUGCGUGCUGUUACUCUUCAACAAGCGCGAGCGACUCACGUACGAGGAAAUACUCAACGAGACCGAUGUACCUGAAAAGGAUCUAGUGCGCGCCUUGCAGUCGCUGGCCAUGGGCAAGCCCACGCAGAGAGUGCUCAUCAAACACCCUAAGACUAAGGAAAUAGAACCAUCUCACCAGUUCUAUGUCAACGAUGCCUUUACUUCUAAGUUGCAUAGAGUAAAGAUCCAGACAGUAGCUGCCAAGGGCGAAUCCGAACCAGAACGACGCGAGACUCGCAACAAGGUGGACGAGGACCGCAAACAUGAGAUAGAAGCCGCCAUCGUGCGCAUUAUGAAAGCCAGAAAGAAAAUGGCGCACACAUUGCUGGUAGCGGAAGUGACAGAGCAGCUGCGCGCGCGUUUCCUGCCGUCGCCCGUCGUCAUCAAGAAGCGUAUCGAGGGCCUGAUCGAGCGGGAGUACCUCGCGCGCACGCCCGACGACCGCAAAGUGUACACCUACGUCGCAUAGGCCAUCACAAUUUCAAGUCAUUGAAGCGUGAAUGCCAAGUUAAAGUGAUAGAAGUAACAAAAGUAUUUAAAUUAUUUCAAAAUAAAAAUUAUUAGUUAUUAUAAAGUUAUUUUAUUUGCUUAAGAACAAAAUUGUACAUAAAUAUAAAAAUAAGGUAUGACGUUUAAACUCACUACUGCCAUUAUGAAAUGGAAAAAAUAAAUUCUUAGACAAAUCAAAACUGGAAGAUGCUCCAACAUAACUACGCGUAUUAGCGUCUAAGAAAUUAGUAUCCACUGUUAUGACCGUCGACAAAUCAUUGACGUUAAACGUAAUAUUCUUCGUCGUGCCUUUAACUAUUGCACGCAAAAUUUUAAUUUCUUCUUUGCUGACGCCUAUGUCGGCGUAUGUGAAGAUAUAAGCAAAUCGUGUCAUUAAGUUGUAGCAUUGCAGCUGGAAUUUCUUUGAACUGUAUUCACCGUAUAUAUUACUUUUAUUAAAUCUCUCAAGACGUACCCAUUUACUAUCACUGAGGUUAUUUGGAUUUCCAUAGGGCGAGAUAAAUAUAUCAUGAUUUAGUCGUAACAAAUCCAAAAUUUCCGUUUGAAUUUUUAAACACCCAUCCGUUUUGUAUAUUGCAUUAAGUUUUGUUAAUUUUAUCCGACAUUUCAGUCUUGUGUUAACACCAAAAUUUACAAUAUUAUGUGUUAUGUUCGUGAUAAUACAUUUACCAUUUUGGUUAUAAGGAAGCAAAAGAUUAUAACUUUUUCCAUGUGUACGAUUGUAAAAAUGUUUUGUAUGAUUGCUCUCACAAUAAGAUACAAUAAUUGGUAAUUUUUUUAAGUAGCCUGGAUUUCCACUAUAUGUAACAAUGUUGUCAAUAGAAUCAUUUCCCAUGUAGAAAUUAACUUUAACUUCUUGUGAAAUGAAACCAAUGUCCAUAGAAACUUGUUUAAUAUAGAGUUUCAGUAUUGCUCUUGUUAUAACAGAAUCAUUACAAUAAAUUAUGUAUUCUACUUUUACUCCUAUAUUAUCACAAUGACUCUCUGAACAUGAUGGUUCAUGUAAACUUUUAUUAAAUGUAAUGCAAUCAUUGUCGUUACAAACAAGAACAGUCCAAUUGAUACAGUGGAAUGUAGAACAGUUCUGUAAAUAAAAUAUUAAAUGAAAUUAAUUAUUUAAAAAUUGAACAGACAAAUAAGAAUGAAAUAAUUACCAAAACUGUACUGUUUGUUGUCAUUUCUGUUGGACUUAUUACAUUUGAUUCAGUGGAGAGUUGUAAAGCAUAUAAAAAGUGAAGAUCCUUGAUUUUUACAUAACAUUUGAUGUACUCAUUUGUUAAAAAUUUAAUUGGUUUUUUGCCGCUACAGUAACUAUUACUCACUGUUAUUGGUAGUGCUAGAAACAAUCCAUUAGUAUUAAAAAUUAUUCAUAUUUAGAUGUAUAUUAAUAAAAAGAAUUUACUUACAUAUUA